CGGGGCUGCGGGCGACGUGCGCCGGCCCCGGGAGCACCGGAUCCUGGUCCCCCCACCCCGCAACGAACUACCGAUCCCGGCGUUCCCGGCGCGCAGGCGCAGUGAGCGCGGAACGCACGCCGAGCCCGGCAUGGCGGAGCCGGAGGCCGCGCAGCCCGGGCGGCCCCCGCCGGGUCCGGGAGCGGUGGCGGGGAGCGGCGGGGCUGGGAGCGGGACGGCGGCGGUGGCGACAGGAGGAGGAACGGGGUCCAGCGACCCGGCGCGGCCCGGGCUGAGCCAGCAGCAACGGGCGAGUCAGCGCAAGGCGCAGGUGCGGGGGUUCCCCCGCGGGAAGAAGCUGGAGAAACUGGGGGUCUUCUCGGCCUGCAAGGCUAACGAUGCCUGUAAAUGCAAUGGCUGGAAGAACCCCAACCCUCCCACCGCCCCCCGCAUGGACCUGCAGCAGCCGGUGACCAACCUGAGCGAGCCCUGCCGGAGCUGCGGCCACGCGCUGGCGGACCAUGUGUCCCAUCUGGAGAACGUCUCGGAGGAGGAGAUCAACCGGCUGCUGGGCAUGGUGGUGGACGUGGAGAACCUCUUCAUGUCGGUGCACAAGGAGGAGGACACGGACACCAAGCAGGUGUAUUUCUACCUGUUCAAGCUGCUGCGGAAGUGCAUCCUGCAGAUGAGCCAGCCAGUGGUGGAGGGGUCCCUGGGGAGCCCCCCCUUUGAGAAACCAAACAUCGAGCAGGGAGUCCUGAACUUUGUCCAGUACAAGUUCAGCCACUUGCCGCCAAAGGAGCGGCAGACGAUGUACGAGCUCUCCAAGAUGUUCCUGCUCUGCCUCAACUACUGGAAGCUGGAGACACCGUCCCAGUUCCGGCAGCGCUCGCAGAACGACGAUGUGGCCACCUACAAGGUCAACUACACCAGGUGGCUGUGCUACUGCCACGUGCCGCAGAGCUGUGACAGCCUCCCCCGCUACGAGACCACCCACGUCUUCGGGCGCAGCCUCCUCAAGUCCAUCUUCACGGUCACCCGCCGGCAGCUGCUGGAGAAGUUCCGAGUGGAGAAGGACAAGCUGGUGCCGGAGAAGCGAACGCUGAUCCUCACCCACUUCCCCAAGUUCCUGUCCAUGCUGGAGGAGGAGAUUUACGGCGAGAACUCUCCAAUCUGGGAGGCUGAUUUCACCGUGCCGGCUGCAGAAGGUGCCCAGCUGGUGUCUCGUCCAGCUGCUGUCAGCACUGUCACUGUGCCCACCACUCCGCUCUUCAGCAAGAAGCUCAGCAACAGCAGCUCCGCUGCGAGCAUGGACACCAGCGCCCCAGAGCCCCUGCCAGGGGAGAAGCGGAAGCUGCCCGAGAGCCUGACGCUGGAAGAUGCCAAACGGAUCCGUGUCAUGGGCGACAUCCCCAUGGAGCUGGUGAACGAGGUCAUGCUGACCAUCACGGACCCCGCUGCCAUGCUGGGCCCCGAGACCAGCCUGCUGUCGGCGAACGCGGCGCGGGACGAGACGGCCCGGCUGGAGGAGCGCCGCGGCAUCAUCGAGUUCCACGUCAUCGGCAACUCGCUCUCGCAGAAAUCCAACAAGAAGAUCCUGAUGUGGCUGGUGGGCUUGCAGAACGUCUUCUCGCACCAGCUGCCCCGCAUGCCCAAGGAGUACAUCACUCGCCUCGUCUUUGACCCGAAGCACAAGACCCUGGCGCUGAUCAAGGACGGCCGGGUGAUCGGGGGGAUCUGCUUCCGUAUGUUCCCCACCCAGGGCUUCACCGAGAUCGUCUUCUGCGCCGUCACGUCCAACGAGCAAGUGAAGGGCUACGGGACGCACCUGAUGAACCACCUGAAGGAGUACCACAUCAAGCACAACAUCCUCUACUUCCUCACCUAUGCGGACGAGUAUGCCAUCGGCUACUUCAAGAAGCAGGGCUUUUCUAAGGACAUCAAAGUCCCCAAGAGCCGCUACUUGGGGUACAUCAAGGACUACGAGGGGGCAACCCUGAUGGAGUGUGAGCUGAAUCCCCGCAUCCCCUACACCGAGCUCUCCCACAUCAUCAAGAAGCAGAAGGAGAUUAUCAAGAAGCUGAUCGAGAGGAAGCAAGCGCAGAUCCGCAAGGUCUACCCUGGCCUGACCUGCUUCAAGGAGGGCGUGCGGCAGAUCCCCAUCGAGAGCGUCCCCGGCAUCCGAGAAACGGGAUGGAAACCGCUGGGGAAGGAGAAGGGAAAAGAGCUGAAGGACCCAGACCAGCUCUACAACACCCUGAAGAACCUCCUGGCCCAGAUCAAGACCCACCCCAGCGCGUGGCCCUUCAUGGAGCCGGUGAAGAAGUCGGAGGCGCCGGAUUACUACGAAAUCAUCCGCUUCCCCAUUGACCUGAAGACCAUGACCGAGCGCCUGAAGAACCGCUACUACGUCACCAAGAAGCUGUUCAUCGCCGACCUGCAGCGCAUCAUCACCAACUGCCGCGAGUACAACCCGCCCGACAGCGACUACUGCAAGUGUGCCAACACCCUGGAGAAGUUCUUCUACUUCAAGCUCAAGGAGGGGGGGCUCAUUGACAAGUAGGGGGGGCUGACCUGGACUCUCCUUGGUCACCGGACCCCUGUGGGAGGGACAGGGCAGCCUGUGGGCCCCAGCCCUGCUCCGUGGGCAGUGGCUGUUGGAGGGUUUGAUGCUGCUGAGCAGCCUGGGGGAGCUGGGACUUCCCUGGGGGGGGCUGGUGCUUUUAUCCGUGAGCUGUUGGCUGCCUUUCCUAUGGGGGUGUGAGCAGCAGGGCUCCAGCCACCUCAUUGGGAUCUACCCGGGGCAGGGGCAGCACUGAGUUCCUGCCUCUCCCUGGGGGCCGGGAGCCCCCCAGCACUGGUGCUUCCCCCCUCCCCAGGGUCGUGCCUUCUGCUCCGGCUCCCCACGACGGGGCGGUUUGGUUUUCUGCUUCUGCCCGUGCACAGGCAGCCCCUGCCCCUCUUGUUGAAUGUACGGCAGGGCCAGCCCUGCCUGCCCCAGCCUGCGGGCAGAGCUGCUGCUCUUGGGCUGGGGUCCUGCUGGGAUGGGGGCUCCGCCUCUGCACCCCGCAGCUGCCUCUACCAGCUCUUCCCUCCCACUGGGAGCACGUCUGCCCCCAGCCCAGCCCCUGCCCGUGGGCUCUGCUUCUGCUCGCCUCCCCCCUUGCUGCCCCCUCCUUGCACCUCGUGGGCUGUUUUCCCUCUGCCCCUCGGUGGGUGCUGGGCUGGGGAGCGCACACACCCCCCCCCCCCCCCCGCAUUGAUUGUCACCCACCCUUGCUUGGUCCCCUGCUGCCUUGUCCUGUGCUGUCAUCGCUGGGUGGGUGCUGGUGAUGCCCUGCGGCUCGCUGACCUCGUGGGGGUGGGACCAGCCCCUGCCACCCGGUUCCACUUGACUGUUGUUUUGUUUGGUUGAUUGUUUGGUUGUUGUUUUGUUUUUUUUUUAAAUAAAUGUUCUUGUGCAGAA